CGAGAGCGGGCGGGGCGCUGGGCAGAAGAGGGCCCGGCCCCUAGGGGUCCCCCCGCGGGCGAUACAGGCGGGCUGGGGGCAGCGGGUAUGGAUUGGUGGGUGCGGAGUCUGUGGCCGGGUCCGGGGUGGGAGGGAGAGAGCUGAAGCGCCCUGGACAACCCGCGGGAGAGGGCGGCAUCCGCGGCGCAACCGGCUCUUCCCAGCCACGUCUUAGCUGGCCCUUCUCCCGCGGAACCCCCCAUUUGACAGAUGAGAAAAUUGAGGCUCCGAGAGGCCAAGUGACUCUCAAGGUCACACAGCGAGACAGCGGCAGGGCUAGACGGGGUUGGCAAAGGGUGGCUCCUAGGAAAAGUCCGCCGGAGAACUCGGGAGAGGAGCCCCCCUCCAGCCCAGGGGAGUUUGUGUAGGGGCGGGGUACCUUUUUGUGGGGCCAGGCCCUGCCUGAGCCCGGGGAUGAGGGUUGUCAGGGCGUUGUGGCCGCAGAGCUUUUCCUGGACUGCGGAUGAAAGGGGGGGCGGCGGCGGAAUGGGCGUGUGUGCUCACCCACGGGGGUGUGUGCGUAUGUGGGAGUGUGCAUGCGUGUAGGUGUCCUGUCUUGUGUGUGUGCACACGUGUGCGAUUCCAGCGCCUCUGUGGCCGCGGAACUCCAGGCUGACCUGGCUCUAGUGAGCUGCAAGUCCGGGAACGGGCCCCAUCAAAGGGCUGGCCGCAUUCUGGGCUGGAAGGCUGGGUGUGCGCGCCGGAGGGUGCCUUCCUGCAGGUGUGUGCUGGCUGUGCGUGCCAUUGUGUGUAUGAGACAGAGGAUGGGAGACAAGUGCCAGAGGCUCGGGUGUGUGUGUGUGUGGGGAGAGGGUCUUACACCCCAAUGUGGGCCUCUGGCCUCGGAUAUAGAACGAGUGUAUGUCCCUGCUUGGGUGCGUCUGACCCUGCUGAUGGAUACCGAUACCGCCAGGCAUUCUCCACCCCUCACGGCACUAGCGCCCCCUUCUGGGCACCCUGCUCUGUGUACGUGAAUGUGGCCGGCCUCUGUGUGCGCUCACAGUUGGACUGUGCAGUAUGGGGGCCUGGAACUCGGGCUGGGGAUGAAGAUGGUCUGCUAAAGGGCUGAGCCUGGACCCCUGGGGCCUUCACUGAGGAGGUGGCUUGGGAGCGUGAGGUUCCCAGGCUCAGGCUUCCCGCUGACGCCUCCCGGCCGCAGCGGGCUACCCCCACCCCCACCCCCCACCCCGCCCCAGGAAUGUUCUUCUCCACUCCAGCUCGCCUCCCCAAGGGCAGGCCCCUGGGGGCUGCCACAGCCCCGCCUCCCCUCCCCGGGAGCCCGGGAGGGGGCGAUGCGGGCAGGACGCCUGGGUUCCUCCCUCCCUCCCAUCCCAGGGAGAAAUUCCUCCGAGGUCCCCUCAGGCUCUGGGUUCCCAAAAUAACCCUGCGGGGGAAGGGAGGCUGUGGCGGGAGGGAAGCGGGAGGGGCGCGGAGCCGAGCCGCGGGGUGCUGCAGGUGCCUCUGGUGGAGAGGACGCGAGGGGAAGAAGGCCUAGGAGGGGCUGGGGCAGAAACCAGUCCCCGGAGUCCUGUCUCGUCCCCCUUCCCGGGGAGCCCCCUCGGCCUUCCCGUGACUCCGAGGGGGUCCUGUCCGAGCCCUGUGGGAGGCUCCGGAGUGCAGCUGGGCCCAGCCUACCCGCUCCGGCAGUCAUGGCGGGCACCCUAGACCUGGACAAGGGCUGCACAGUGGAGGAGCUGCUCCGCGGCUGCAUCGAAGCCUUUGAUGACUCCGGGAAGGUGCGGGACCCUCAGCUGGUGCGUAUGUUCCUCAUGAUGCAUCCUUGGUACAUCCCGUCCUCUCAGCUGGCGGCAAAACUGCUUCACAUCUACCAGCAGUCCCGGAAGGACAACUCUAAUUCGCUGCAGGUGAAAACAUGCCACCUGGUCAGCAGGUACUGGAUCUCAGCAUUCCCAGCAGAGUUUGAUUUGAACCCUGAGCUCGCUGAGCAGAUCAAGGAGCUGAAGGCUCUGCUUGACCAAGAAGGGAACCGGCGGCACAGCAGCCUCAUUGACAUCGAGAGCGUCCCCACCUACAAGUGGAAGAGGCAGGUGACCCAGCGGAACCCUGUAGGACAGAAAAAGCGAAAGAUGUCCCUAUUGUUCGACCACCUGGAGCCUAUGGAGCUGGCCGAGCAUCUCACCUACUUGGAGUAUCGCUCCUUCUGCAAGAUCCUGUUCCAGGACUAUCACAGUUUUGUGACUCAUGGCUGCACGGUGGACAACCCGGUCCUGGAGCGGUUCAUCUCCCUUUUCAACAGUGUCUCCCAGUGGGUGCAGCUCAUGAUCCUCAGCAAGCCCACGGCCCCUCAGCGUGCCCUGGUCAUCACGCACUUUGUCCACGUGGCAGAGAAGCUGCUGCAGUUGCAGAAUUUCAACACGCUGAUGGCGGUGGUCGGAGGCCUGAGUCACAGCUCCAUCUCCCGCCUCAAGGAGACCCACAGUCAUGUUAGCCCUGAGACCAUCAAGCUCUGGGAAGGUCUGACAGAACUAGUGACGGCCACCGGCAACUAUGGCAACUAUCGGCGCCGGCUGGCCGCCUGUGUGGGCUUCCGCUUUCCCAUCCUGGGCGUACACCUCAAGGACUUGGUGGCCCUCCAGCUGGCACUGCCUGACUGGUUGGACCCUGCCCGGACCCGACUUAAUGGGGCCAAGAUGAAACAGCUCUUCAGCAUCCUGGAGGAGCUGGCCAUGGUGACCAGCCUUCGGCCACCAGUGCAGGCCAACCCCGAUCUGCUGAGCCUACUCACGGUAUCUUUGGAUCAGUAUCAGACAGAGGAUGAACUCUAUCAGCUGUCCCUCCAGCGGGAGCCGCGCUCCAAGUCCUCGCCAACCAGCCCCACAAGCUGCACCCCGCCUCCCCGGCCCCCAGUGCUGGAUGAGUGGACCUCAGCUGCCAAGCCCAAGUUGGAUCAGGCUCUUAUGGUGGAACACAUCGAGAAGAUGGUAGAGUCUGUGUUCCGGAACUUUGACGUCGAUGGGGACGGCCACAUCUCACAGGAAGAGUUCCAGAUCAUCCGUGGGAACUUCCCUUACCUCAGCGCCUUUGGGGACCUCGACCAGAACCAGGAUGGCUGCAUCAGCAGGGAGGAGAUGAUCUCCUACUUCCUGCGCUCCAGCUCCGUGCUGGGCGGCCGCAUGGGCUUCGUGCACAACUUCCAGGAGAGCAACUCCUUGCGCCCGGUUGCCUGCCGCCACUGCAAGGCCCUGAUCCUGGGCAUCUACAAACAGGGCCUCAAAUGCCGAGCCUGUGGUGUGAACUGCCACAAACAGUGUAAAGACCGUCUGUCAGUUGAAUGCCGACGCCGGGCCCAGAGUGUGAGUUUGGAGGGGUCUGCGCCCUCUCCCUCCCCCACCCACACCCACCAUCGGGCCUUCAGCUUCUCCCUGCCCCGCCCUGGGCGCCGAGGCUCCAGGCCUCCAGAGAUCCGAGAAGAGGAUGUGCAGACAGUGGAGGAUGGCGUAUUUGAUAUCCACUUGUAAUGGAUGCUGUGACUGGAUCAAACACUCAUAUCUGCCUUGGAGAAAAGACUUGGACCAGAGCAGAAAGCCUGGGGUGCUGGGGCAGCAGGCUGGGGCUGGGUGGGCGGGGUGUGAGGGUGGCAUGCAACAGAGGGUUGGGCCAGGGCUGGCGUCCCUAAGGUUGUACAGACUCUUGUGAAUAUUUGUACUUUCCAGAUGGAAUAAAAAAGGCCCAUGUAAUUAACCUAGA